UAUUUAAUUAUCAGAAUGUAUCGAUUAGGCGUAUUUAUUGUCCUGCUCGUUCCAUUGGCUGGGCUGGUAAAGGCCGAUGGGCAAUACACCAUCGUUGGUCCCGGCACCAUACACUCAAAUCGCGACUACAACGUCGCCGUAGCCGUGCAUGGCAUUAAGGAACCAGCCAAGCUGAAGAUUGGAAUCACCGGACCCUCGCACAACGAGACCCAAACAGUUGAAUUGGCCAAGCCCGAUGAGUACAAGCAGUUGACGUUCAAGCUGCCACCCCUCAAGGAGGGCCAGUACAAUCUCACAGCCGAGGGUGUAUCUGGUUUGGUGUUCACGAAUACCACCAAACUGAAUUGGGAGGAGGUCAAGCCGUUCGUGAAGAUACAGACGGACAAGGGCAAAUACAAGCCGGGAGAUACCAUAAACUUCCGUGUCAUAUUUUUGGAUGAAAACCUGCGGCCUGGUACUGCUCCGGAUGAUGUUGUAAUCUUUUUCGAGGAUCCCAAACGUAAUCGCAUAAAGGAGCUCAAGCACAUUGAGACUAAUAGUGGAGUGUAUACAGGAAAGUUCGAACUAUCCGAGUUUGCAGCUCUGGGUUCCUGGUUGCUGAAGGUGCAAACAAGUAAGGAGAGAUACGCUGAACGUGUAUACUUUAGUGUGGAGAAAUAUACUCUCCCUAAGUACACCAUCAAGAUGGAUGCAACGCAAAAGGUCUCGGUGAAGGACGGAGAUAUUCAGGUUAUUGUACGCGCGAACUACACCUACGGGAAACCAGUUAGUGGCAAGGUUCUCCUCAAUAUUAAUCUUGCUGAGUCCAGUAUAUGGAGCACAGUGAAUAGAGAGAUGGUCCGCACUGAUCGUCCAGGUCAUACCCUGCUGAGCACCGCGGAUAUGGUCAAUGGCAAGGCGAAGUUCGACUUAAAUGUGAAGGAGUUUGCUGAAUUCUUGCACUACAACACAUCCGCAUCCUACGCACACAUCACAGCCACCGUGGAGGAGAAUUUCACGGGUGUCAAGUUACAAGAGACAUCUAGCCUGCAGCUGUAUCCCAAUCGCUAUGCAAUGUUCUGCGUCGAUUACAUAUCCUGUCAUCAGUUUCACGCCGAUAAAGAGCAAGAUAUGAAUUUUAAAGUCACGUACAUAGAUGGCACAUUGCUCAAAAGUACAAAGUCUGUGGUAAAAGCGAAGUUUACGGAGGGCAUACGCCACACGUAUGGCUUUGGCUACUACGGUCAGAAAGAAAAUAAGCCCGAACUCCCCGAGAUCGAGAAAAAGACACUUACUUUCGAGAGCCAUCUAAAUGAUUCAAGCAUAGCAACCUUCAAAAUCAAACUGCCAGACUUACCCGAUAUUGAAAACUUCACGCGCUACUACAGCAUAGAAUUGGAAUAUAGAGAUGAGCAGCGCGAGUUAUACACAACAUAUCCAUAUAGGGAACCAAAGAAGAUUGAUCCUCCAGUGGAGCCGAAAGAGGAGGAAAAGGAGAAGGAGUGGUUCAAGGCCAACGUUCAACGCCCCAAAGAUAAGUGGUCGCUGCAGCUUGGCGAGGAGUACAAGAUCACAUUGAACUCUAGUCGUCCUUUAAGCUACUUUGUGUACAACAUCAUUGGCCGUGGAAAUGUACUUCACACAGAGCGCGUGGUAUUACCUGAACCUCAAAAGAUAUACAACAUUAGCCUAACACCGACGUUCCUCAUGGCACCCUACUGUAAAGUGUACGUGUAUUAUGUGGAUGAGACGGGCGAAUUCCGUUAUGCUGAGGAGAGCAUGCAUGUUGACGUAGAGCUGCAGAACAAAAUUGAAAUUACCGCACCCGAGGAAGUCAAACCGGGAUCAGAAGUUGAAUUGGAGAUUAAAACUGCGCCUAAUUCUUUCGUUGGUCUAAUUGCGAUUGACCAGAGCGUACUGCUUUUGGAUAGAAAUAACGACAUACAAAAGGGUUCAUUUAGCUGGAGUCUAGGUCGCUAUGGCACAACUACACCAUGGCAGGGCGGCUACUCUUACUACCCUGGAGACCGCACUGGCGUAGUGACCAUGACGAAUGCCAACUUCUUCUACAACCGUACAAAGCCAGUUUAUAAUACAGAGUUCGAAGAAGGCCUGUCAGUUGUUAACAAGAUGGGUUUUGUGCAGAGUUCGGCCCCUCAUUUGGCUGACACCCCCCGAAUUGGAAUAAUGGCUGUUUCAGGUGCAGCACCAGGCACCCCACGAGCUCCAACUGUUCGUAAGAACUUCGCGGAGACUUGGAUAUUUGCGGAUAUUGAAAGCACAAAGUCUGAAGUUUUCAAGUGGGUUAAAGCAAUACCAGACACCAUUACCAGCUGGGUGCUCAGCGCAUUUUCUUUGCAUCCCGACAAGGGUCUGGGAGUGACUGAUGAGCAGACCAAAAUUAAAACAUUCCAACCCUUCUUCGUGUCGGUAAGGUUGCCUUACUCGGUCAAACGUGGAGAAGUCAUCAGUGUACCAGCACUAGUCUUCAAUUAUCUGCCGAAGAGCUUGGACGUUGAAGUGUCGCUGGAUAACCCCGACGACGAAUACGAGUUUGUGGAUCCCUCGAACGAAGUCAUAGGCGAGCAGAAGCGCACACAAAAAAUUAGCGUUGGCGCUAACGAAGCAGCGGGAGUGUCAUUCCUUUUGCGUCCAAAAAUAAUUGGAAAUAUUUUACUCAAGCUUACAGCAAUAUCCCCUGUGGCUGGCGACGCGAUUCACAAAACUCUCAAGGUGGUUCCUGAGGGUGUGACGCAAUAUAGCAACCGAGCAUUCUUUAUAAAUUUGAAGGAUGUGGGGGAGUUCAAGGAUACCUUCGAACUAGAACUGCCAGAGGAAUAUGUCAAGGACUCCCAACAUGUGGAAUUUGCGGUGGUGGGAGACCUGUUAGGCCCAGUUGUUAAGAAUCUGGAGGAGCUUUUGCGCUUACCCAGUGGGUGCGGUGAGCAAACCAUGUCGAAGCUGGUACCGAACUAUCUUGUUCGAAAUUAUCUGCAAUCGAUCAAGAAACUGACGCCAGCUUUAGAGUCACGCAUAAAACGGAACCUAGAACAGGGCUACCAAAACAUACUUCGUUAUCGUCACGACGAUGGAUCUUUCAGUUCCUUCGGACCAGGCAAGUGGCGCGAAGAGGACCCACCACGCAAUGGUUCCACUUGGCUGACGGCUUAUGUAAUACGUUCGCUGAGUGAUAUUGCGCCGCUGAUCAAGAUCGAUGACAAAAUUCUGGCACAGGGUUACGAAUUUUUACUGAGUAAACAAGCUGACAACGGCAGCUUCACCGAGACGGGGGAGUACUUCUAUGGCUCCCAGCGCUCUGCACUCACACUAACAGCUAAGUCCCUUCUGGCAUUGCUGGCACAGCCCAAACCCUCAUCGGGAACACCAACUGCUAUUGAUAAAGCUGUUGCUUAUUUAAGCGCAAACGUCGAAGAGUCAAAGGAAGUUUUGCCAAAGGCUAUUGCAACAUACGCGCUUCAGAAGGCGAAGGCAGCGGAUGCCCCGAAGCACGUAGCCAGUCUAAAAGCCUUGGCUAAUCAGGAAGAGGACCGAACCUGGUGGACGGAAAGUAAGGAACAGCGAAAUUCUGGUUACUGCCGUCGCUGGUGGUGUUGGGUGUGGAGCAACGACGUGGAAAUCACUUCGUACGCAAUGCUCACUUUAUUGGAGACAGAGUCUCCCGAAGACGUCCUAAACGCACUCAGAUGGCUGGUGGCUCAGCGCAACAGCUUCGGUGGGUUUGCCUCUUCACAGGAUACAGUAGUGGGUCUUCAGGCCUUGAUUAAGUUCGCCGAGAAGUCAGGCUAUGAGGCAGCAUUGUGGGAUGUGACCGUUUCGAAUCAUGGUCAACGCGAAAAAACCGAGAACCUGAAGCUGACCGAGGACAAUGGACUAUUACUGCAACGAGUCGAGUUCCCUCAGGGUACCAAGUCCCUCGAGUUCCAUGCAAAAGGCACGGGGGCAGCACUGGUGCAGAUCUCUUACCAAUACAACAUAGUCGAGAAGGAGCCUAAGCCAAGCUUCAAAGUACAAACAAUUGUUAAGCCUGACACUCCCCCAUCAAAACUUGAGCUUGAGGUCUGCGUUGAAUAUGUAGAGGAGGGAAAAUCAGAGGCCUCCAAUAUGGCCAUCCUGGAAGUCUCGCUGCCCUCUGGCUACACCGUGGAUGAUAACUUUGAGCACAUCCAGGACAUCAAGCGAGUUCGACUUGUUGAAACCAAGAACGCCGAGUCCGUCUUGGUAGUCUACUUUGAAAGCUUGCCAAAGGGUGAGGUGAAGUGCUUACCCAUUGAAGCUUACAAAACGUAUGCUGUGGCUAAUCAGAAACCGGCACCUGUGGUCCUCUACGAUUAUUACGACACGAAUAAGAAGGCCACCGACUAUUAUCAAAUUGAAUCCAAGCUCUGUGACAUUUGUGAGGGCGACGAUUGUAAGAGUAAAUGCUAAGGAAAAUUGUAUCAAAUGGCAACAAAAUAAAUUUUAACGGCAAUAUGUUUCAUACAAAUAGUAAAUAAAAAGCAAGAGGAAUAAAAUA